AAAAAACUUAUUGGAAUAAAUGAAACACUAAUUUGUUAUUUUAGUCCAUUUCGACGUUCAAAAGAAACAUGUGAAUUAAUAUGUGAAGCAUUUUCAAAAGAGAAAAUUUUAAAAAUACGAGAAGAUCCACGUAUAAGAGAACAAGAAUGGGGAAAUUUUCAAGAUCUAGCAAAACGUGAAAUAACAGUGGCUGAAAGACAAAAAAUUGGACGAUUCUUUUAUCGAUUUGGAAAUGGUGAAUCCGGUGCUGAUGUAUAUGAUCGUGUUAGUUUAUUUAUGGAUAGUUUAUAUCGUGAAAUGGAUAGUAAUUUAAUGCCAAAUACUAACAUAUUAAUUGUUAGUCAUGGUUUAUUUAUGAGAUUAUUUUUAAUGCGUUUUUAUCGUUGGUCAGUAGAAAGAUUUCAUACAUUAGAAAAUUUUAAUAAUUGUGGUUAUUGUAUUUUGGAAAGAGAUGAUCAAGAUGGAAGUUUUAUACUUAAAACAGAGUUGAAAAUUUCAUCUGAACAAGAACUACUUAAAAGAAAAGAUUCAAAAGAAAAAUUAAAUGAGCAAAAUUUAAAUGAAGAAAUUAAUUCAAUUCUACAUACGAUAAAAACCGAAAAUGAUAAAAAAAAAGCAUGA